CUUGACUGUUACACAACAAAAACAUAACACGAAAGGGCACCUGCGAAUUAUAAAGUUCCAUUUUGACUGUGUGCACUAAUAUGAGUGGGGCAAGUAAUAGCAGUGUUUUUGUGAAACAACUGAAACAGAUGGUUGUUGUAUGUGGAGGUGGAACAUUGACCUUUUUUGGUUUUUCUCUGUAUAGAGGAGAUGCAAAAUUUUAUGAAAAUAUGGUUAUGCCUGCAAUGAGGCUUCUGGAUGCAGAAACUGCACAUAAUUUAGCUAUAAAAAUGGCGAAAUAUAAGUUGGUGCCAAGACAGAGUUUGGCUGAUCCUCCUUUACUGCAAAGUAAAUUAUGGGGUAAAACAUUCACGAAUCCUGUUGGAUUAGCAGCUGGUUUUGACAAACAUGGUGAAGCUGUAGAUGGUUUAUUGAAAAUGGGUUUUGGUUUUGUUGAAGUUGGAAGUAUAACACCGGCACCCCAGGAAGGAAAUCCUAAACCAAGAGUGUUUAGGUUGGUGGAAGAUAGGGGUGUAAUAAAUAGGUAUGGAUUUAAUAGUGAUGGUCAUGAAGUAGUUGUUAACAGAUUAAGAUAUAGAGAAGAUGAACAUGUGGUUUCAGAAUUAAUAACCAUUCCCCAUAUGGGAGAUGAAAGAAAUCGAGCAAAUCUCAAUUUUUGGACAGAACAUAAUCGUACAUGGAGUGAUCAUAAAAUGAAAAAAGAAAGAGGGAUAAUGGGCAUCAAUUUGGGUAAAAAUAAAUUUUCGUCAUAUCCAGUAGAAGAUUAUGCUCAAGGUGUGAAGAGGUUUGGGAAGUUAGCUGAUUAUUUAGUUAUUAACGUGUCUAGUCCCAAUACGCCAGGUUUACGUGCAAUGCAGGGUAGAAAACAACUAGAAGAAUUACUAGAAAAGGUAUCUGCAGAAAGAGAUAAACUUAGAUUAAAGGAAAAGGUACCAUUAUUAGUAAAAAUAGCUCCUGAUCUUUCUGCUGAAGACAAAAAUGACAUAGCAGCAGUUGUCUCCAAAAAUAAUAGUGGUGUAGAUGGUUUAAUAGUUAGUAAUACAACAGUUAGUCGGCCACCAUCAUUACAAAAUAAACAUAAAGAAGAAAUCGGGGGACUCAGUGGUGAUCCUUUAAAACAUCUCUCUACCUCCACAAUUAGUGAUAUGUAUAAAUUAACUAAAGGUAAAAUACCUAUAAUUGGUGUUGGUGGUAUCAGUAAUGGUAAAGAUGCUUAUGAAAAGAUAAAAGCAGGAGCUUCUUUAGUGCAAUUAUAUACAGCUCUUAUAUAUCAAGGUCCACCAGUUGUUAAAAAAGUCAAAAGAGAAUUAGCACAAUAUUUAGAAUCUGAUGGGUAUAGUAAUGUAGAAGAAGCCAUCGGAGCUAAUCACAGAUGAUAAAAACAUUUGUUAGUGGAUGGAUUUUAACAUUAACUACAUCUGAUGUAUCUGGAUGUUGAUAACAUUAGAUUGUAUCAGAUAUUCUACUUACGGUGAAUACUUCAGAAUUGAUAAUACAGUGAAUACAUAAGUCAAACUUUGCUCUGAACUUGGUAAGAGUAAUAAGUUUGUUAGUAAGCAAGAUAUUCUUGACAGUGUAAGAUAUCUGCUCUUUAACAUGAAAAUAAAUGAUGCAAUCGACUUUUAUAAAUAUUAAUAAAAUUGUCCAGGGCCCCAUAACCUGUAUAUUUUUGAAGAUUGUAAAGUUUGAAUGUUAUCAACUAAGAUGCUAUAUCAUUAAUUUAAUGUUAUUGUAAAUUAGUAUUUAAACGUUGACUGUUGUGAAA